CCCCCUAAACAUCCCCGCCAUGGUGUCCCUGUGGCCCUUCAAGGCCGAGGACACCUCUCCAGCAUCCUUCGAAAAGGCUCUCGCCGCUCUCUCGGCCAAAAUCACGCGCGCCACUACCCGCCUUGACCUCCACCGCCAACAUGCCCGUCGCUUCAAAGCCCUCUGGACCCUCUACACCACCUUCGCCUACCUUCUCUACUCCAUCAUCCUCGCUCUUGUUCUCGGAUGGCAGAACUGGGGUGUUACAGAAUAUGCCGCGAUCAUCGGCGGCCCCAUGCUGAUCUACCUCAUCCGCACCAUCUCCACCCGUUACUACGACUACCGCAUCACGAAAUCACAAUCCUACAUCGACGACCUUCAAAAACAACGCGAGAAAACCAUCGAGGAUCUCAAGACCGCCACGCGCUGGAACUCCACCCAACAACUCCUCGAGAAAUACGGCGGGGAGUCGCCAAAGCCUACGCGCUCGAAUUCCAUCAAAUCCGGCGACGUGAAGCGCAAGUCUGAAGGGGCCGGAAAGCGCAAGCAGCAGCAGCAGCAGCAGCAGAUCCAGCGCACAGGGUUACCUCCGCCGCCAACCGCUAAUAUCAGAAGACCUACAGCACAACAAUUCUCCACGCCUCAACAUCCGCCCACCCCGCCCGUGAGCUUCCAGCUCCAGCAGCAGCAGCAGCAGCCGUCUCCGUACCAGAUCCCAGGCCAACAGGGUACUUCGAACGUGGGGAUCGAGGAGCCCGGGUUUGCGCCGAAUGCAUUUUCGAGUUCCCCGCAAUAUGUCGAGCAUUCGCAGUGGUAUGACCGGCUUUUGGAUGUGUUGUUGGGUGAGGAUGAGACGCAGCCGAAGAAUCGGAUCGUGUUGAUCUGCUCGACGUGUCGCUUGGUCAAUGGACAGGCUCCGCCGGGGGUGAAGACAUUGGAGGAAUUAGGCCGGUGGAGAUGUGGGAGCUGUGGGGCGUGGAAUGGGGUGGAAAGCGAGGCGAAGAAGGUGCUGGCAGGCAUUCGGAAAGAGCCGCAGUCACCCGAGGCUACGUGGGAGCCGGUGUCCAGCGUUGAUGGAGAGACUCGGUCAUCCGUGGGCGAUGUGACGGAUGAGGGGGUGAUGGUGGCUGCCAGCGAUGACCAACUCGAGUUGCACAGCUCGGGGGGUGAAACCCCGGAAGAGCCGGAGGCAGAGGAGGCAGAGGAGGAAGCAGAAGAGGAGGAAGAAGAAGAAGAACCCCAACCCGAGCCAAGCAAGCGAAUGACUCGUGCGCGUGCUAAGAGUGGACGGAGGAAGGGAUGA